AUGCUCCUGCUCCAGCAGGUGUUAGAGGUCAGGCGGCGCCAGCAGCAGUUGCCGCAGUCGCAGCCGCAGCACCACGAGCAGCAGCAGCAGCAGCCGCCCAGCAGCACGAGCGGCGCGCGGGAGGGAGCCGCGGCGGGCAAGCGCGUCCAGCAGCCCGAGGAAGAAGCACAAGAAGGCGGCCAAGAGCGACUGGAGACGCAAGCUCGAGACGAUCAGCGAUUGCCCCGGAUGGGAUGUGCCGCCGCGGUCCGCGGCAGCAGUGCCGCCGUCGCCGUCCCCCUGCGUGGGCGCCGUCUCCCCUGUUGGCGCUGCCUCCUUGGCGCAGCACCACCUGCUGCAGCUGCAGCAGCUCCAGCAGCUUCAGCAGCUGCAGCUGCUGCACUGCCCCGUGCAGCUGCAGCCUCAGCUGCGGCUGCAGCACCUGCAGCAGCUGCAGCAGGCGCAGCACCAGCA